AUGGAGUGCCAUUUCAGCAAUCCCUUCCAGGAUACUGUCCCGCCAAUAAACCGGUCAGAAACUCAGCGAACGGAGCCAACCUCGCGCGAUGAUAUAUCAGGCCUCGUUGUUUCCCCCGUUGACAACUCAACGACUGGUCCUCGCUUGCGUCAAAAUCAGCAGCCCCAUCAUAGCGAAGGCUCCGUACAUAGCGACACGCGUUCGCCAAACUCAUCUCAGAGGCCGUUGUCUGCCACCACGCGAUUUCUGGAUGAUGGCAAAGGCAGGGAGGGACGGAUUUUCCUGGGCGAGUCAUCCACCUUGGCAUUUGUGGAAGUGGUCCGCAGGGUGGUGGAGGAUGCUAUCGGGCCCUGCCCCUUCACCACCGAUCCAAAGCAAAGUUCGAUGCUUGAGGCAAGGCCUGAGGAGGAAGUCAACCCCUUGACGCUCUUGACCAGCUCUCCAAUACCCGCAUUCUCGGUGGCUGAAGUCUGCUCACUUGUUGAAUAUUACACCACCGCCAUCUAUGGUAUCUUUGACCUUUUCGUCACCCAGACGCUGACAGAAGAAAUGGUCAACUGGGCCUUGCAGGGAUGUUUAGAGUCGGAAGGAAAGAGCCUCAUCUUUCUGCUCGUACUGGCCGUGGGUGCUCAAGAGCGUGGCCACCAGGGAGACGAGGCAAUGGCCGAGCGGUGUUUCCGGCGUGCCCGCCAACUCGCAUUCUGCUACUUGAGCGACGGAACAAGCCUGCUUACUGUGCAAUCUCAUAUUCUGAUUGCCUUGUAUAUGCUGAACGCCUGUCGGCGCAACGCCGCUUUCCUAAAUCUAGGGAUCGCCGCACGCGCCGCAUGCGCCUUGGGACUUCACCGAUCUGAUUCCAACGCUUCAUUCUCGAAAGCUGAGUGUCGAGCGAGGGAAAAGGCCUGGAAAACGCUGCGAGUGCUCGACAUCUAUACGAGCGUUUCUCUCGGAAGACCACCGGCCACGGUAGAGACUGAAUCCAUGCACCUUUGGGGCUCCACACAGAAAACCCUCCCAUUGGAAGAGCAAAUCGAGUGCGCCUGUCUCCGGUUGUGCCAUAUUUCUGAGCGUAUUGUUACAGAGGUCUAUCAUCGAGACACCGUCAGUAUUGAACGGGUCGAAAGCAUUUCUCAACACAUUCGCGAGUGGGCCGCCGACUUCAUGGCCUUUUUCGAGAUCGAUGAGGGCGGCGAGAACGAAUUCGAUCGUGUGACCUUGCCCAGUCGGCUAUGCCUCAGUCACCUCACUGGAGCAUACUAUUAUGGCAUCAUACUACUCACCAAAACCUAUCUGGUCCAAGAAGUGAGCACGCGCAUUCGAAGGAGAUCGACCGACACCGAGGUCAACAUGGACCUUGCGGAUCCUUUCGUGAGUCCUUGCGCCACCCUUGCAGUGGCAUGUCUCAGCUCAGCCAUCAAAACCGUCGACAUCGCCAAAAACCUGACGAACUACACGGCCCUUCCCAAGAGGAUCUUUUUAUUGGUGAACAAUGUCUUCAUCUCUUCGCUCGUCCUGGGCCUGGCCUACUUCGGUAACUACGACCGAUCAUUCCCGUUGGAUGAAGGUCUGGCCAAGGCCGAUGAUUUCCUGCAACUCAUGAGUCGGCACGAUGCCCAUGCACGGCGCUUCGCAGAAAUCCUCUCUCUCCUUAGGGCCUCCAUCGACACGUACGUCAAGCAACGGGACACCUUGAAAAACCUGGCACGCAAAAUCUAUAUCGACAAACUGUUUGGCACUUUGGCUGGCAAGUGGAGCGCCUCGCAGUUAUUGGCGCCGGGUGAUGAGUCUCCGCCGGGGCAGAGGGAGAAUGUCGAAAAGACGGCCGACUCGAGAGACAAUAUACUGGACACGCCACCCUUCUCACAGCAUGACAUUUCCACCUUUUUACAACCUGCACACCUCUGGCCUUUGCAAACGAGUGACAUAGCGGUCGAAAUGCUUGAUGGGGAAUCGGACGGGCUCCCCGAAUCGAUCCAUGAUGCUCACAAGCUGCCAGUCGAUAUGCCUUCUGGCUUUUCGCCCUUUGUCGAUCUUCCCAUAGAGCACUGUAUGACCUUUGCGCCAGCCACCGACCCAUGUACCUUCGAGAUGGUCUGA